CACAGAACCAGUGAAGGUCACAAAGCAACAGCAAACACAAUUGCACAGCCUCUCCGACUACAGUGUUGACAAAGACCCACCAGGAGAGAGAACAGGUCAAAGGCAUGCCAGCUUUUCCAUGAUGCCUGGCCAGUAACAUCAGCCAUGACGUGGAGGGACAGGGACAAGAGGUAGUUUGGUCAUCUUAGUAAGAGCAGUCCGGAGCUUUGCCUGUUGAGGAGAAACCUCCAGAGGUGUUGAAUGAUGAGUAUGAUAAUGUCAACUCCUGCUGCUCUGUGGUGAGCUGUGACACCAAAGUCAAAUCACUUUAGACCUGCAGCUGGACUUAACCCACGGUCCUGGUCUUAGAAGGAAAAGCUGUCUCUCCUGUAUGAUCAUGCCUCAACUCUGAACAUCUUCUGUUGAGAAAUCGACCUUCUACUCUAGGAGGAGAGGAUCAAAUGUGUUGAGAACAACUGGCCCUUCUAUUUUGCAGAGGAUUCUUUUAUGUAUUUUUAAGUACCAGGACAUGAAACAAUAAAUCCCUCCUUCCUGCACUCCUAUCUUCUGCAAACAGCCCUGUCUGCUGUCCAAGCCAGCCAGUGAAAGGGUUAACUAUAACUGGAUGCCUGAAUGGCUGCCUUACUGAUCCCACGGAGGAACAGAGGGAUGAGGACUCGCCUGGGCUGCCUGUCUCACAAAUCAGACUCAUAUAAUGAUUUCACAGCUAUUCUUCCGGACAAGCCCAACCGGGCUUUGAAAAGACUAUCAACAGAAGAAGCGACAAGAUGGGCAGAUUCUUUUGAUGUCCUUUUGUCCCACAAAUAUGGGCUGGCUGCUUUCCGUGCUUUCCUGAAAACAGAGUUCAGCGAGGAGAACUUGGAGUUCUGGCUUGCCUGUGAGGACUUCAAGAAAACCCGGUCAGCGGCCAAACUGGCAUCCAAGGCCCAGCGAAUCUUUGAGGAGUUCAUUGAUGUGCAGGCUCCUCGAGAGGUGAACAUAGACUUCCAGACACGGGAGUUGACAAGAAGAAACAUGCAGGAGCCCUCUCUCUCUUGCUUUGACCAAGCCCAGGGGAAGGUGCACAGCCUGAUGGAGAAAGACUCUUACCCCAGCCAGGUACAAUCAGAAGCACCAUCACUCACUGUGGCUGCUGGGGUCUGGAUCCUGGACUGUGAGGAGGAUGAGAAGGGAGGCAGAGAGAAAGCAAAGGCAGAAAUUUCGUGCUGCUUCCUAGGGUGAAGACCGUCUGUGAACUCAUCUUUCCAUUUUGGUUGCACGCCUUAUGACACCAGCUGCUACACUCUCACAGCUCCUCCACACCUCUGACACACUUACCUUCUGGGGAUGGAGACUAAAUGUUACUUUUGUUUGACUGUCAAGGAGCUGAUUUUUUCUCUUGAGAAGGUAAUUCCAAAGGCUCUUGCUAGACCUAGUCAGGCAAGUCUUCUAGUACAAAUGAUUGUUUUUCAUUAACACUAUUUAUUUGUGCUGUAGUUCAGCUUCAGCCUACCUUCAGCCACGUAGGUUCAAGCUUCAUUGUGCUAGGCACUGUACCAAAACCUAAGACAAAGAGGCUCCUUGCCACCAAAGACAUUACCAGGCUCAGUGGCUUCUUGGGAAGAAACUGCCGGCUAUCAGGAAAGAGUCAAGAGAAGGAAUGUUCUGUCUGUCCUAUGCUGAGAUGUAAGAAGAGCACAAGAUCUGUCUGCUAUGUCAGAUACCAUUUUUCAUAUAGUACCUGACCAGCACGUGGCAGGGAGAGGUAACAUGAAAAUUGCAAUUAUAUUUUUGUUAUUUAUUGAUUACUGAUUGUUGUUGUUACCUACUGAUUGCCCACUGUGUAUUCAAUGCCAUGUAAAGAAGUACUAAAAACAAA